AUGCAAGUUAAACAGCCUCGUAUCGGGCUCUUCCCGAAGUUCUUCCUUUUGCUGCUGAGUCUGCUCGCGCUCCAGUUCACAGCCGCCUACGAUAAUGUCGAGAAUCGAUCAAAGCUCCAAGCUAACGGAGAUGGAACAUUAGUUUUUGAACCGGCACCAGAUAAAAAUUUGACCUUUCGCCUAAUGGGCGAGUCUGCUAAAUUCCUGCUCAACGAUGUCGAUGUCCUGGCAAGACUGGAACAGUUCCGGAGCUCGGCCCCUGUACAGCCAGAGACACAAAUAGAGCCGCUGUCCCUGAACGCUUUCAAGGAACAGUUUGGAGCUGUGAAACGGGAUCUAGACCGAUUGGCCAAGCGUCUGGCUAACUUGAGAAACAGAAAGCGCCGCAACGGACCCAACCAACGGGUGCUCCGUCGUGAUCUCCAGAGAGUGCAGAGGGUGACGGGUGCUGUAAUGGUGCUGGAGAGGAACUUGGCCCUUGACGAGUGCCAGUCGAUGCCUUGCAAGAAUGGGGGCACCUGUUACGAUGACUACAAAUCAUUCCACUGCGACUGUACGGCCGGAUGGCAAGGAACGACAUGCGAGGAGGAUGUAAACGAAUGUUUGGAUAAUUCCGGCACCGACUUGGAAAGCUGCAUGAAUGAUGGUCAGUGUAUAAACACUCCGGGCAGCUAUCGUUGUUUAUGCCGUUCAGGCUAUUCGGGCGCCCAUUGUCGUCUGCAAAAUAACAUUUGCCUAGCAAAUCAGUCUAGAGAGCUAUGUGGACAUGGCACCUGCAUUUCCUCGACAAACACUGAGGGCUAUGUGUGCAUCUGUGAUCAGGGCUGGACAUGGGCGUCAAAUGUGAGUGUGGCAAGCUCGUCACCUUGCAGCCGCGACGUGGACGAAUGUGCUCCCGAUCGUAACCCCUGCCAUGAUGAGUGCAUCAAUUUUCCAGGCAGCUUCCGUUGUGGUGCCUGUCCCACGGGCUAUACCGGUGACGGUAGGUUCUGUCGCGACAUAGACGAGUGUGCCACUAAUAAUGGGGGCUGCAGUCAACGCCCAUUAGUAGCCUGCAUAAAUACGGAGGGCUCCUACCGUUGCGGUCGUUGUCCGGUAGGUUGGUCGGGCGACGGACACAGCUGUGUCCAGGCCAAGUCUAAUUUAUGCAACGGCGAAGGCGUUUGCCAUCCACGUGCCCAGUGCGAGUACAUUUCAGACACAAUGGUCUGCACCUGCCCGGUGGGAUUCUAUGGGCAUGGCUAUGGAGCUGACGGCUGCACUGCAGAUGCCUCACAGGAGCCAUGUGAACGCCACAUUUGCCAAAAUAACGGCACUUGCGUUUUGAGCGGUCGCGGCACCAGCUGCAUCUGCCAACCCGGCUACAUGGGACCGCUGUGUGAACAGGCCGAUGCCUGCCAUCCAAAUCCCUGCCAAAAUGGCGGCACCUGCAAACUACUGCCCAACAACAAACAGCAGUGCAGCUGUUCAAUCGGCUACACAGGCACCACCUGCGCCAAUAUGCGUCAAUAUUGCGGCGCCAUAUUGCUCGGUGAGAAUGGAACACUGCAGUAUCCAAGCGGAGGCGAGAACAGCUAUCAGCCAGAUGAGCGCUGCGCCUUCAUCAUACGAACAACACCAGGGAAAGUGCUGAACGUGACAUUUCAAGCCUUCGAUUUACAGCCAUCUGAAGAUGGCGCCGAGUGUAGCGCAGACUUUCUGCAACUGCACGAUGGCAACUCCCUGGCUGCUCGCGUUAUUGGACGCUUCUGUGGCUCUCAGCUACCAUUGGGUAAUGGUAGCUUACUGUCCACGCACGAGCUCCUCUUCUUUUGGUUCCGGUCGGAUAAUGCGACACAGGCAAGAGGCUUCAACUUUACCUGGAGUUCGCUACCGCAUGUGUGUGGAGAGGAGCUGACGUUACUGGCUUCGAGUACGGGUGUAAUACGUUCUCCAGGCUACCCUGGAAAGACACGACCACGUGCUGAUUGCCGCUGGCAGCUUUCAGCACCUUACGGUAGUCGCAUAAUGCUGCGAUUCUAUGAUGUUACUCUAGGCGCAACUGGAGAUUCCGACUGCAGCAAAGACUCCCUUCUUAUUUACGAAUCGGACAGACAACUACUCUCUGUUUGUCGCUCUGCACAGCCUGCCCCGCUCCUUAGCUCAACAAGUGAGCUGCGCAUUGACUUUCAUACAGAUAGUUACCAAUCAGACAGCGCUUUUCAGCUCCACUACGAGGUAGUGCCUGGACUUCCAGGCUGUGGUGGUACCUUCCACGAACCCCGAGGUAUCAUUAGCGGAUACAUGAACUCCCCCAUGUGCCUGUACUUUAUCGAGCAGCCCGAUGGCUUCCAGAUACAAUUGACUUUCAACCGCAUUAACUUCCUAACAUCCGAAAAUUGCCACCUGCAAAAGUUGGAGGUAUUUAAUGGACGAAAUACCGAAUCACCACUGUUAGAACGGUAUUGCGGACAGCCUGAGGACAAGCAAACGUUAGUUUCGACUGGCAAUGCUGUGUUGCUGCGCUACGAGUACGAGCUAGCUGGUUUGGAAGUGAAUCGCAGUUUUGAGCUAAGCUAUAGCAGAGUUUGCAACAGCAACUACACAGAUGCUGACGGAGAUAUUAUCCAAACUCCGAACUAUCCAAACACAUACUUUGAGCGCACGGUGUGCACCUUCAACAUAGUAGGUCCGUUGGAUUCUACGGUUCAGUUAAAUAUCACUGAUCUAUCCAUAAGUGAGACGGUGCCCAAUAUGGCAGACGACGAUAGCCAAGACCAACCUAUUUACGAUGAAUCGGACACAAACUACCUGGACGUAUAUCUUGCUCGUGACGAAAAGCGUCGUUUCUACAAGAGCUUUUCCAACAUGGUCUUGGUGGCCAGCAACAACCAAGCGCGCCUGGUGUUCCAUGGUGCUACUAACAAUCUUCGCAGGCGUGGCUUGCGAGUAAAGUAUAGUUUCGAGCAGAACAAAUGCGGAGGAGUCCUAACUGAACCAUCGGGCCAUUUUUCGAAAUUACUUCAUGGACAAUAUUGUCGAUGGGUCAUAGAGUCGUCUGGAAGCAAGCGUCUCAAAAUCGAUAUAAGCAGGACAUGUGGGGGCAUUUUUAAUUCCCGUUUCGGAGUUAUAAAAUCGCCCAAUUGGCCUAAAAACUAUGCUGCUUCUCAGGAUUGCAUUUGGGUGAUGACGGCGCCCUUGGGUUCCAAAAUUGAAUUAGUAGUCAGGAAUUUCACGCUGGAGACAACCUCAGAUUUGUGCACAGAUGACUACUUGGAGAUUCGCAACGGCGAUAUGGCUUUGUCUCCGCUUAUUGGUCGUUACUGUGGCCAACGAAUACCUCCACGCAUACCCUCCUUCGGAAAUCGUCUCUAUGUGAGCUUCCACUCAGAUAGCUAUAUACAAGACGCUGGCUUCUACAUGACCUGGCAAGUGGCCGAGACUGGCUGCGGUGGCAAGUUGACUUCGCAUGUGGGUGCCAUACACUCGCCCCAUUCGAUGGAGAACAACAACGGCGCUGUGUCGUGCGAUUGGCAAAUCAUAGUGGCCCAAGGUUCUACAGUGGAAUUGAAGCUUGAACGUCUUCUUUCAGAUGACACUCUGUGCAACGGACAACUGACUAUAUAUGACGGGCAGACAACGCAAGGCCCUGUACUGCCGCUUAUUUGCAACCAGACGGAACGAGAGCUAACGAUUGUCUCUACCAGUAAUCGGGUUCUUGUGCGCUACAAUGUUGACCACGAUGCAGUUGACGGUAUCUUUUUUGUAAUUGACUACAGCACCAACUGUCACGUGCAAUUGGACCAACUGAACGGCGCCAUCGAGUCACCCAAUUUUCCAGAAAACUACCCGCCCAGUAUGAAUUGCGAAUGGGAUAUUCGCAGCGGUGGUCGCAACAAUCACAUACACCUGGCCUUUUCCCAUUUGGACGUGGAGCGAUCUUCACCAACCGAUUGCGACUACGACUAUGUGGAGGUUAUUGAUAUGCGAAAUGAGGAGCAAUUGAGUCAACGGCAUCUUUGCAUCAGUGAUGCGCCCAUUACCAGUGAAGGAAAUCGAUUACUUGUUCGAUUUUCCAGCGACUCCUCGGCACAUGCACAUGGGUUUAGAGCCGAAUACAAACGUAUCGGCUGUGGGGAGCAUCUCGAAGGGGACUUUGGAGGAGAAUUUGCCUCGCCUAAUGCGCCAUACAGUGUGGAUCUGGACUGUGAUUGGGUUAUUGUGGCACCGGAGGGCCAGCAAAUACGUUUAAUAUUACAGGAAAUCCAUAUUGAGACGCCUCAGCGAGACUGCAGCGAAGAUGUGCUGACUGUGUCUGCGGCCCCGAAUACCUCAGCUGUGCUAUUCCGCAGCUGCCAGAUAGAGACCUCUGCGCAGACAUUCCAGUCGCCAGGUAAUACACUCUAUGUACAAUUUCACAGUGGCCAAAUCCGUGCGCGAAAAUAUUUUAAGGCCAGCUAUGCACUUGUGCCGGCAUCAUGUGGGGGCUAUAUAGCUGCCAGUAGUGGAUUCAUUAGUACGCCCGGUUACCAUGAAGGCCGCUAUGCGAAUAAUUUGGAAUGUAUUUGGGCUGUGGAAGUACCCAAUAGCUAUGGCAUUAGGCUGAAUUUCGAGCAGUUCAAUCUGACCGAUUCGCCCAAUUGCCGUUCGGCAUUUGUGGAGCUGAGGAAGCUAGAGGAGGACGGCAGCGAUGUCUUCUUGGAAAAAGCGUGCGACCUUGCCAAGCCACUCAUCCGGAUAGUGCACGGAUCACGCCUGAGAGUCCAUUUCAAAGCUGAUGUUGGCACUUGGGGCCGAUUUUCUCUGCACUUUGAACGCCAAUGCGGUGGCUUGUUAAGCAACGCCGAUGGCUAUUUGAAGUCGCGUUUGGAUGAGGACUGUCGUUGGCUAAUUGCGGCAUCGCAGGGCGCCAAGGUCAGUUUAAUAAUUAACAAUCUAGAGUGUGAGUGCCCGACGGCCGGAAAUUGUACAUCGGGACUUCGGAUUUUUAACGAUGAAGAUGAGGUUCUACUUUACGAUCUAUGCUUGGAGCACCCUGCUAAUAUUUUAGUUUCCACAAAUAACGUACGGAUAAUGGCAACCGGAAUCAAUUUAUUGGCUCAAUAUACAACUGUGGAAAAUUCUUGCGGCGGAAACAUAACGUCAGCACGAGGUACGCUCACAUCUCCAAACUAUCCCGGCACGUAUCCCUCAAAUAUAGAGUGCAUUUGGUGGCUGGAGACACGGCAGGGCAAUGCCCUUGAAUUAAACUUUGAGGCAUUGGACAUUGUCAGUUCGGCACACUGCAAUGAGGACUUUUUAGAGUUACGUAUUGGUGAGGGCGGGCCUUUGCUGGGCUUGUACUGCGACAAUGAGGUUCCUGCAUCAUCGCUAACCGCACAAAGUCGCGUCUGGAUCAAAUUUCGCAGUCUGCCGGGCAACACGGCCAAUGGUUUUAAACUUAAAUGGAACUACGUGUACGACAACGAGUUAACAGAGAGCAAUGGCACAAUCGAAGGGCCGCCGACAGUAGCCGUGAAUAACGAUGACCAGCCCUAUAGCUGGCGCAUUUAUAUGGAGCGGGGAAAACGUAUAGUCUUGAAUAUUAAGGAAUACAACACUGGACUUUUGCUUUUCGACGGCUUUGAUGAUACAGCUUUGCCGGUAGCCCUUUCUUCCCCAUGGCAGUUUACUUCCAGCAGUAACGUUAUCUACCUUAAGACAACAAAUGAGGACUUCGACGCUUUCCUACUGCAAUGGCACGCCAUCAGCAGUGAAGAACUUGUACAAAAUGCGACGGCAAAGAGCACAGAGUGCGACAAGACCUAUACAAUGUCAUUUAAUUCACGAAUGCUUUUGACAUCUCCGGGCUAUCCUAAUGGUUAUAAGCCCAAGUUAAACUGUGAGUGGACCUUUAUUCCCGCGGAUGUUACACAACACGUAUUCGUCGAUAUUUACGACGCCAGAUUGGAGACCAUCAGCCAGUGUGAGGCCGAUUACCUGCGAAUACAAUCUUCGAGUAAUAUGAAGGAUUGGCACAAAGAACUUGACAUCUGCAAUAGCACUUCUCCAGAUCUCUCUCCCAUUCACACUAUUCACGGCACGCCAUAUCUUCAACUGCAAUUUAAAACCGAUGAGACUGUCAAUCGGACUGGAUUCAAGAGCGAAGUAAUCGCCGUUUGCGGCUCCAAUUUGACUGGCUCGGUUGGAACUAUACUGGACAAACACAUCCUACGAUCGCGAUUGGUCACUCCGGAGUGUGCUUGGCACAUUGAGGUUAAACCCGGCCGUAGUAUUGAGAUAAGCAUCGACUAUGCGGGUGAUAUAGUAAACGCAAGCUGCCCAUUCUAUGGUCUUAUCUAUGACGGCUUAGAUGAGCAUGCACCGCUUCUUAAUGGUGGAAAGUUCUGUAAUCAACAAGGAUUUGCGACGCGCUCCUAUCGCACCAGCAGCUCACAUGCCUACAUCAAGUACAUAUUGCCUAGAGCUUUUAGAAAACCACAGCCACAGCUGUGGAAUCUUACCUACCGCGAGUUUAGCGAAUGCGAUGGCGAAAUACGCCUAACGUCCUUAGCCAGUACCUAUAACAUCAGUACGCCCGGCUACCCCUUCGUUCCCCACCCGCACUCCGAAUGCAGUUGGGUGGUUAUUGCACCCCAAGGUGAAACCAUCACCGCUCGUUUCGUUGACCGCUUCGAAUUGAACGUACGUCAGUGUAAUGAAGAGUAUGUGGAGCUAUACGACGGGAGCACGAUGUUGGCGAAACGCAUACUGCGUACCUGUCGCAAACCCGUCGGGGAUGUGUCCAUUCGCAGCACAGGAAACGUCCUUCUUGUGCAUUAUCUAACGAAUAUUGUAGAGCCGCGCGGAGGGUUCCGCUUGAACGUGUCCAUCAGUAGCUGUGGUGGAGAAUACACAGGAUCGUUGGGCAUAAUAACCUCCGAACAUUAUCCGGCAUUGGGUGCCUAUCCGACCCCUGCCAUUUGCGAGUAUAGUAUUAAAACGAACCGGAAUACGCGUAUACAGCUUAACUUUACUGAUCUGCACCUGCCCUACAAUAAUACUGCUGGGCCAAAUGCCACCGAUCGCAUUGAGAUUGUUGAUCUGACGAAUAUGGACGAGCCAUUAAUGGUGCUGUAUGGUAAUGGGAGUGCACUACCGCCCGUCUUUACUUUAAAUAGCAACGAGAUUGUACUUCGAUUCAUUACCGUCAAGGCAGUGAAUACAUAUCGUGGUUUCAAGCUGCAGUAUUCCCGACUGUAUGACAUAUGCUACCACAACGUCAAAGCCCCAUCUGGUACUCUGAGCAUUACACCGAGGCAGCAUAUGUCAUUGUCAACGGCUGCAAUUUGUCGUUGGCGUAUUGAAGUACCCAAGGGUCAACGCGUGCGCCUGGAGUAUCUAAAUCUGGCAGAAAUUCCGAGAGCUGUCCGAAAUGUUACCCGGCCGCUAUUGUAUUUCUCCUUGAUGCGUCCAACGCAGCAGUUCACGUUCUUUAAUGAUGACACUGAGAUGUCCAAGAUUACGGAGUUUAACUUGGCUAACUAUACUGGGAACGGAACUAUCGAUUCUACAGAUAACUUUAUGCUGGUAAAAAUGUCACUGGCGCGAAUCUCUCUGGACGGCAUUACCUUACGGGCGCGCUUUAGUUCAGUGCAGACAUCGCCUUGUCCGCCAAACAUUGACGACCAGAGCACUGGUAUGAUAUCAAUUAAUGCUCUGACUAUUUUCCAAAGUUACUUCUGCCAGAUUAUGUUCGUGGCGGGGCCCGACGAGACACUCACCUUUACGGUACAGGAGUACCUUUUCCAAACGAAAGGUGGGCCGGCAGUGAAAUUUCUAGAUGGUCAUACCCCCAUAAAAUUGAUGAAUCAAAACAUGACCAGUGGCCGCGUAUCAGUGUCUGCCUCUAAGGGUCGACUAACCCUAGUAUCCAAUGACAUUGUUCAACUAAAGCAGUUCCAGGCUACCUACCAACGUCAUGCCUGCGGUGCCCAACUGCAGUUGACCGACGGGACGGUUGUGGAACAGCCGCGGUUGAUAAAUGAUCUAGACUCUGAUUACGGCGAAUUGGAAUGCGUGUGGACGCUGAAUCCUCAAUACGAAUCCGGCGACUACACGUUGUCAGGAAAUGUUAGCCUGAGCGACAGUUGCGAUCGUGAAUACCUGGUUGCUUACACUGGCAUGCGCGCCUAUGCUACCGAAUUGUUCCGACUGUGUCGUGGGAUGGGACAACUGGACAACUUAGCACCACUAAAGGCAAUGCCGAUAACGCUGUUGUAUCACGCAACCUCCUACCAGCCUGGCCAGAGUCAGUUCAGCCUAGUAGCUCGCACAAGUGAAGGAAGCAGAAAUAUUCGAGUGAUGAUGAGGCCAACGAAACCGAUUCAGAUCGAUGCACUCAGCUACAAGAAUAAUAUGGAACGCAGUUGGGAGUUUACAGUAGACCGAGGCCUGUCGAUAGUACUGGAGUUCCAAGGACGUUUCUUUAUAGAAGAGUCGCAACAUUGCAGUCACGAUCAGUUGCAGGUACUGAGCUUUCAGGCUGGACUUUGGCGAACGCAGGCCACGUUUUGUGGCCGCGAGACUCCUCCAAAGAUGUCGAUUCAAGCGGAACGCAUGCGAGUUGUGUUCCGCACCAAUGCUAAUAUCACUGGAGAUGGCUUUAGCUUUGUUGUAUCUAGCAGUUGCGAUGUCGUGCUGCAUCCCACAGCCCAACUGCAAAAGUAUGCUGGCCUAAGACUCGACAGGCGCAUGUAUGGGCGCAUGCUUUCCUGUACCUAUGACUUCCUAAGCAAUGCACCGGAUCAGCAGAUUCUAGUGCGAGUCACUUUUAAAAGUCGUCGACCCAGAAAAAGCACAGCUUGCACAAAUGCUAUCGCCGCAUACAAGGAUGUUUACGACAAGAAGGAGCUCAUCGACAGAUUCUGUCAGGACUUUGAAGUUAGUGGCUACCAACGUGUACAUCUGCACUACACAUCUGGCAUGAAGCGACCCUUUGAAAUCGAGUACCAAAUGCUUAGUUGCGGCGGCAACUUCAGCGGCCCCUUCGAGCUGCGCCCGCCGCAGGACGAAGUGGCGGCCACCUACGCACAUGAUAUGCAUUGCGAGUGGCGUGUCACAGCCCCACCCGAGCAUGCAGUGCUAGUCAGGUUCAAGUACUUCCAUAUAGAGGAGAGUCGUGACUGUCAACUAGACUAUGUGAACAUCUACAAGGGCGCCCUAAAGACUGACGAUCAGCGCGUAUCCCGCUUAUGUGGAAAUUUGACGGUAUCUCCACCCACUGUUAUUGUGGACAGCAGACAGGCUUUGAUAGUGGCGCGCUCCGAUAGCAGCAUUAGCUUCAAAGGCUUCGCGGCAAGCGUGCGCUUCAUUCAAAACUGUAACGAGCGUUUGGCGCUCUACGAAGGCACCGAGCAAAUGAGUCUGGUACGCAACUUUGUGGUUAAUACCACCGAAGAGCUGAUCUGCUACUUCACGGUCACCGCUCCUGCCGGCUAUCGAAUAAACGUGGAGCUCAGACAUCUACUGCUGAACGACGACUCCUGUGCCACAUGCAAUUAUUUAGAGAUAAUUGAUAGUGUGGUUGCCGAAAGCAACAGUAUGGGAAAGUACUAUAGACUCGAGCGCAAUCGCACGACCUUCUUCAGCUCCUACGAGGAUGUUAUGAUCAAGCUGAGUGGCCAGCAGGCCGGGCACCUGCAUUUCGAGCUGAAUUUGCAGAUGGAGAGAACAGUUUGUGGGGAAACACAGUACGAGGUCGGCUGGAAUGAUACCAUUAAAUUGAAUAUGUGGCCAGGAAACUCAACUCGUUCUGUUGGAAAUAUUCAUUGCACUUGGAACUUUAAGUCAAGCGAGGAGCUGGAGAUCGUCUUCAAAUCGAUGCGGUUAUCAGAAGCUCUGCAAUCGUCUGGAAAAUGUAUCGAAUACCUAUUAGUUACUGGAGUUUAUAUUUCCAAAUAUUUCUGCGGGCACUUUAACAAUAGUAAAUUGAUUAUACCCAACAUAGAUAAUGCAAGUUUCAAUCUGACAUUCCACACCGAUGAUCUCGAAUCAGACGAAUUAAACGGCUUUGAAGUGGAGGUCAGACAGCGGCCAAUAUGUAAUCAAACGUUCACCGCACUGAGUGACUAUAUUGUAUAUGGGGCCCUUAAAUCGAGUAAGAGCAACUGCACAGACGACAUCCGAGUGCCCUCUGGAUACACAUUAACAAUCGACAUAAUAUCCGUAAUCUUUACGGACUGGUCAGCCAACAAUUUGUUUACUGUGAUAGAUCUUCAGACGAACCGUACUAUCUUCAAUGUGACCCAAGCUCAUUACAUCAGCACGGCGAGAUUCACGUCGACAAAUGCUUUGCGAAUAUCGACUCUCAAUGCUUAUGCAAUAGGUUUUCUUUACUAUGCGACUCCAGUUGGUGAGUGUGGCGGCAACCUCACGAUUUUUGAAGGAGAACUCACCAAUCCCCCCUACGACAACCGAGACCAUUCCAUCUGUAAUUGGCGUCUUUCGGGGCCAGCGGGCAACAUCUUCACCUUCUCAUUCUUUGCGCUUGAUAUGGGCUCAGAGAUCAAUUGCAAUCUGGACAAUAUUAAGUUUUACCAGAUAUUGAGAGAUGGCACCAACAAAUUGAUCAAAACGCUAUGUGGCUCGAAUAUGCAGCAAACGUUUACUGUGGACAGCAAUCGUGUGCUUAUCGUUGCCAAAAAGUCGCCCAACUUCGAUGGUACAGGUUUUCGAUUUCAUUAUCACGUUUCUAACCCUUACAUGGGGACGAGGUCGCCAACGGAAUAUGUGUAAAAGCUAU